CUGGCAGCACUGUCUAGAACAGUAGUCUAUAGAAUCAGUCUUUGGAGUCUGUGGGAUUUCUUUUUUAGGACUUUAUAGUUAUACUCUUUGUUCUCUUCCUUUACUUUUCUUUUUCAAAGUUUUCUGACAAAGGGAGGACGAGGUUGUGACAAAAAUGUCGAAGGUAUCGCGUGAUACGCUAUACGAGUGCGUAAAUGCCGUCCUCCAGUCAUCUAAGGACAAGAAGCGUAACUUUUUGGAGACUGUCGAACUCCAGAUCGGUCUGAAGAACUAUGACCCCCAAAAGGACAAGCGUUUCUCAGGCACCGUCAAGCUAAAGUACAUUCCAAGGCCAAAAAUGCAGGUGUGUGUUCUGGGUGACCAGCAGCAUUGUGAUGAAGCUAAGACUUUAACUGUCCCCUGCAUGGACGCUGAAGCCCUGAAGAAACUUAACAAGAACAAGAAGCUUGUCAAGAAACUAGCCAAGAAAUAUGAUGCUUUCCUGGCAUCCGAGUCCCUCAUCAAACAGAUCCCUCGUCUGCUGGGUCCUGGUCUGAACAAGGCAGGCAAGUUCCCUGGUCUGCUCUCCCACCAGGAGUCCAUGACGCAGAAGAUUGAUGAAGUCAAGGCUACCAUCAAAUUCCAAAUGAAGAAGGUACUGUGUCUCUCGGUGGCAGUUGGCCAUGUUGACAUGACUCCAGAUGAGCUUGCACAGAAUGUGCAUCUGUCCAUCAACUUCUUGGUAUCCCUGUUGAAGAAACACUGGCAGAACGUGCGAUCACUGCAUAUGAAGUCUACAAUGGGGCCACCCCAGAGAUUGUACUAAUUCUUUAUAAUAAAAUUUGACUAUGUA